AUGGACUAUGACGAAUGGACGCCGCUGGGUCGCAGAGACCCUCUCAAAAACGACCCUACGUAUGACUACGUGCCGCCUGUGUUGGAGCGUGUCCAUUACUGGAUCGAGCCGUCGUCGCGCACUCCGGACCCGCCCACCCUGAGCGCGCAGCGGGCGGAGCAGUCCCCAGCCCCUCGCCCGCCCAACAGCCCCACGCCCGAGGCGGAGGCAGCGCCCCCGGACGCCCACGACCCGUUCCUUCAGUUCGUGGACGGCCCCAAAUUCGCCUCGACGCACCAACAUCAGUUUUACACCGCCCAUCAUCACCAUCGCCCCCACCAACAUCAACAUCCCCAUCCCCAUCCAUACCCCAUGCCUUUACUGGAAGGAACAGCUAUUCAACAAAAACUGUCACCUGCAGAUAACUCGUAUAAUAACUCAAACGGUUAUCGACAGCAAUCCGCUUCUAUAAACCAAUUAUCACCAUCAAUGGGUGUGCAAAUAUAUAUCUCUUCUGAGGAGACGUCUACGACUACUGCUAAAAAUAUGUUUGCAACAAAUCUCAAAGAUCCUGUACGUCCUCAACAACAGAGGCCUCCUUACACCAUGCUAAUUCCUCCGCCAUUACUACCUAAUAUAUAUAGCGUGUCUGAAUAUCAAAGUACAGCAGACGACCAUUCAACAAUUUUACCGUUACAAAUGUACACUCCUGGUACUUCAACUCAGCCAAGUAUUACACAAGAAGAAGCAAACCUCGUGUUUCAUGCUACAAUGGCUGACUGGAAGACAGAUAAAACUCAAUUAGCAACAGUUGCUGAGAAUAAUGAUUUGACAUUAACCACUUCCAUCCCAGUCAAUGAAGUAAAGAAUCCAAAGACACCGUUCUUCACUGAGAAUCAAGUUUUCACAAAUGCUGAUAAAACAGAUCAUGAUGCCAAUAUUGGAUUCUUACACAGCUUAUUACAAAAUGAAAUGGUUCCAUCACAACAGGAUCAACAUUAUGAUCAUUUGAAUACUGCUUUAGCAACUACAGCAACCAGUACGGAGAAAACAUCUACAAGUUCUUUGCUAACAACAGAUCCUUUGUUUUCCCAUUACAAGCAACCAGCAGAACCACUCAGAGGACCCAUGUAUUUGAUUAUUCAAGGGCAUUCUAAAGUGAAAACCUACGGUGCAAAUAAACAACACAGUUCAUUUCAUGGGAUUCCAAUUCAAGUUAGUAAUGAAAUUCAACACCAAGCAAAUGAAGCAAAUGAUACUAAAAGAAUACGAAGAGAACUAAGGUAUACUUCUUCAGAUACAACUAAAAGAUGGCUCUCUGCUUCCAUUUAA